AUGGGCAAAGCCACCUUCACUACCAAUCCUUAUCCAAAACUCGAGCUCACUGAUGCGGAUCGUCAACUCCUCCUUCGCCUUGAAAGUGACCUGAUCCUCGAAGUCUUUCCAAAAUACGAAGACUUCGUAGUCGUUGAUAAAAGAAAGGUGAAUCACUCUCAGUGGAAGUCGAUUGGCGACGACGAGAAUCUCCACGUUUACGUGGAGCGAGACGGAUAUAGCGACAGCAAAAUUAAGGAGGACGAUCCUGUCCAUCAGCCAACAGACAACUGGCAAAAGAACAUGCCCAUUAUCCUCGCUGUGGGUACCUUUGAGGGAGAGCUAAAUGACCUCAUGUUUGGUACUGUGAACCCGACGCAAGAGAUAAUGCGCGUAAAGGCGUCGUACGUUAAAGAUUACAGUGAUGGCGCUGUAUUAGCCAAUAUUGUUGUACCCACUGCUGCAGAUCCCUUUCGUUCCGUAUCAAUUAAAUGGACCCAGAUUAAUCUACCACUAAAUCAGACUGGACUCAUUCAAAAUCGCGACUUCAUUUGCUUAGAAGCGACUGGUAUCUUGCAUUUUGCGGACGGAGAUCGCGUUGGGUACCAGCUUCUUCACUCAAUCAACUUUCCCAACACUCAGCCUCUUCUUGGUACAAUUCGAGCGCAUCACAAAAUAAUUGGCUUCUAUCGACAAAUUAGCCACAAUGUUAUCGACACGUACGCGUUCGACACCGUGCAUCCUGGAGGCAAAAUAUUUCGGUCAGUGGCACUUAAAGCUUCGGCUCAAGCAUUGCUCUCUACCACAAAUUACGUUAUCUGUGGACAAGCAAAGAAACUCACAUGGAGGCUACAGCACCGACAAGCUGAAACACAAUCGUUUCGACAUCGAUGUACCCAAAAUAUUUUUAACAAUGAACUUUUCUGUACGGCUUGCGACCGAAAUCUGACGCAUAGAAAUUUUGGCCUCCCCAGAGUUACAGCAUUGGGACAAAGCGUUUGCAAGUUGUGCUUGAAUCCCGUAUGCUACAAGUGCAAACGCCCGAAAGCGAUAAGUUUUCUCACGCCGGAUCGGAAACUCCUUCGACAGAAAAUCACAUUUUGCGUCAUGUGCAUCAGUGAGGUGUCCCGAAUGAGUGCUAUACCCGCAGCUCAGGAUCAAGCUGUAGGGUAUAAAGCCUUCAAUGUCAUGGAUUCUUUAUCUGGAUCCGACGUUUUAUCGAAUAAGUAA